AUGAAGACCUUCAAUGAGUCCUGCGUGAUGGUGCGCCAGCCUGCCCUCGAGGUCAUGUCACACCUGAAGAGGGCCGACUACAGACAGCCAGCCCUGCGAUACCUACUGUAUGGGAUAACAGGCAGCGGGAAGACCAUGGCCUUGUGCCAUGCUGUGCACUACUGCUUCAGCCAGGGCUGGCUGGUCCUUCACAUACCUGAUGCUCACCUGUGGAUCAAGAACUGCAAGGAGCUCCUCCCAUCGUCGUAUAAACCUGCGCGCCUGGACCAGCCAGUCCUGGCCUCACAGUGGCUGAAGAACUUUGGUGUCACCAACAAACAUUUCCUCUCUGAGAUAAAGACAACAAAGAGCUACGUGUGGACUAAACGGGAGAGCACUGAGGAGGGGCGCCCUCUAGGGGAGCUGGUGGAGAAGGGCUUGACCAGGGUGAAGAGCAGCAGCGACGUGAUGGGGGCGCUGAUGCGAGAGCUGCGGACGCAGUGCGGGGGCCCCGGCGGUCCGAGGCUGGCAGUGGCCGUGGAUGGGGUGAACGCGCUUUGGGGCAGGACGACGCUGCGGAAGGAGGACAAGAGCGAGGUCUUGGCUGAGGAGCUGACUGUGGUUCACAACCUGAGGAAAAUGCUAAAGAACGACUGGUGUGGAGGUGCCAUCAUUGCGACUCUGUCCCAGACAGGUUCCCUCUUCACCCCGCGCACUGCUUACCUGCCCCACAGCCUUCUGGGAAAGGAGGGCUUCGAAAGCCUCGAGCCCUUCAUUCCCGUCCCGGUGCCACCGUAUGACGAGAAGGAGUUCGAAAGCUGCUACCAGUACUACGUGGAACGCAACUGGUUGCAGCAUCCGUACGGUCACACCGAGGAGGGAAAGAAAGAACUGAUAUUCCUCUGCAACAGGAACCCCGCCAUUUUCGAACGCCUCUGUGCGUCCCUGUGAAGGGACGUCUUCAUCCACCUGAAAACGACACCUCCUGUGACAUUCUACGCCGCUUCCUGCCCAAAAUACUCUGAAAUAAAACGUUUCACAUGCC